CUCACCCCCCGACUAUCCCUGCGCCCGCAUUCCCCCUCGGACGCGGCGGCAGUUUUUAGCAUCCGCUCUGAUCCAUGCGUUAUGAAGUGGAGUGUAUCGAACCCCGAUUCCACCGAGGCACAAACCGCAGCAUGGCUCACCCGCUUCAACAAUGAGACAUGUUUCGGAUACGCGGUGAUCCGGACAGAUAAAUUGAUCGGCACGAUCGGACUGCGAAGGGAAGCUGAAAAAGAAGAAAAGACAGCUGGAAAGGAAGAAGAAUGGGAACUGGGAUAUCUGUUUCGGUCGGACGAAUGGGGCCAGGGAUACGCCACCGAGGCGGUGCAGGCGUUUCUGGCGUAUUUUCUUACGCAGCCGGUGAUAUACCGGGCGGGCGUUAUUGCCCAGGUGGACAGGGGGAAUGUGGCCAGUCUGAGGGUGCUGGAGAGGGUGGGCUUUGA